UUGUCACAGACAAGGAAAAGGCUCGGGAAGAAUGCUGCUGUGGGAAGCAGUUAAGGAGUACUUGUCCACCUCGUCGAUUCACGGUCUGAGAUUCAUUGUGCAAUCGGGCCGUCAUUGGACAGAAAGGCUUUUUUGGCUUAUAUGCUGUGUGCUCUCUUGGUAUGCAUCUGCAUUACUUAUAAAGUCAUCAUGGAAUGCCUUUCAAAACAAUGCUGUCAGCUUUGCUAUGGAGACGCUAUAUUUGAAUUUCAGCACUGAUUUUCCAGCAGUUAUUGUCUGUGAGAAGAACAAUGAUGAUCGCAUAAAAACAGUGAUGAAUAGGAAUAUGGGUAUCCAUGAUUUUGACCUUGAAGAAAUAUAUGCAGAAAUAACAUUCUUUCAUGGUGAAGCCCAUUUUACAAAGGAUGCCUGCUACAACACAAAAGUCAAGAGGCUAGUGGCUGAACAGUGUCCACAAGAAGGACUGAAACAAAUUUCUCAAGAAUUUCAUACACCAUGUAAUGGUCUCAUAUUUAAUUGUACAUGGAAUGGUAUCACCUUCCACUGCUGUGAACAGUUCUUACCUCUGGAUACAGAAAUUGGUCUUUGCUUUGCAAUUAACAGCUGGCAAACAAACCAUCUAAGAUACAAUGCAUCUCCUCUUAAUAUGGUAUCAGAUGCUAACACAGGGCCAGGAAGAUUGUAUUUUGAAAUUGGAGAACCAGUCAUGGUAUAUGUUUUAGCAACUCAAGAAGUACCUACAAUAAAUACACCUGAAUAUCGGUACUUUUUUAUGAAACCAGGCAGGCAGGUGCAGCACAGAUACUCUGUAAAGGAAGUGGAAAAUGAUCAAGCUGUACAUGAACUAACAAUAAAACAGAGACACUGUCGCUUUCAUUAUGAAAAUUAUGACAAUGGCCUUUAUCCUUAUUACGCUUACUCUGUGUGUAUAACCGAAUGCCGUAAAAAAGCACAGCUUCAACUCUGUAACUGUGCAAGUCAUCAGUUACCAAACAAUAAAAGAGUCUGUAACCUAUCAGGGAUUGUCUGCAUAAGUGAUCAUCAUGCAUAUUUAUCUGUACUCCGAAACAAGGAAAGUUCUAAAAAUGCACUUCUGUGUACUUGUGAGCAAAGCUGUGAAGAUCAGUUAAUUACUCACACAUAUGGUACAAUAAGAAUGUUAAAAAGUCAGCAUGGUGCAUUAGAAAUAAGUCUUCAAAGCCUGCCUUAUGAAAGACUCAAAAGAACUGUAGUGAGAAGCCAUUUGGAUAUGGUGGUGUAUACAGGAGCUGUUGCUGGUCUGCUGGUUGGAGCUAGCUUGCUCAGCUUUGUUGAAAUUCUGUAUCACAUCACAAUACGCAUUUAUUGGACUAUUUACAAAAGAGCACAGCAGAAAUAAGAAUAAAGAAGCCAAAACUACAAAUAAUGUAGGACGAAGAUCAACUAGCUUCAGUGCAUAGUGACAAUAAAACUCAGUAAACAAAUAUUAUUAUUCAAGGGAAAAAUUCUCUUUCAGUGUACUAAUGUAUUUUAAUAAUUAGAAUGGCGUAUCACUUUUAAUUUGUCGGUUACAAUCUAAAACCACUUUAUGUAGCUUGCAUUUAUCUCUGAUGCAAAUCUCUUAUGUCUUUGCUACUAUUUCUACUGAAAUAACAUCUGAAGUCAGUGAGGUAUUACCCUCUUAACAAUAGCUAUAGGUUUCAGUCAUCAAACUAAGGUAGAAAUUGCGGCAAAGUGGAAACACACUGAAUGAGUUUGUAAAGAGAUAAUCAGGAGAACAGAAGCAGGAACACUUCAACCUUCACACAAACAGAAAAAUUUUCACUGCUAUGCAGUUUUCUUUUUCAAUAUGGUUUCAGCGCUACUGAAAUGUUUGUGAACUCCAGGUUUACAAAACUAGAUUGAAAUGCUCCCUGUAGUACAGCAUUUUUUAUUCUAUAUGCUCUUACAAUAAUUUAGAGUUCGUUUGCUGUAUUUUGUUACACACAUAUAUCACUAAUUAUUUGUUUUGUGUUUAUUUCUAUAAGGAUUUUGUGAGUGAUUUAAGUUGCAUAAUAAAUUUGAAGUGACCACAAUAUUUUAUCAUUACAUCUUGGAUCAAUGUCGUUUUAUACUUUCCACAGAUCACAAUCUUAGUUAAUGUAUACUGACUCAAACAUCCAUCCAUCCAGAGCUCACUUUCAUCUUUCCAGCACACAGAAAUCUAGUAUCUGUUGUACACAAAAUACACACUGGGGACUGGGACUAUGUUAAAUUCACCAUAUGAAGAUUGAACCAAGUACUUGUAGGAGAAAUUUCGUCAUCACUGGCUUGGAAGAGUGCAUCCACACCUAAUUACAGACUUUUGUACUUUGUUAUUAGUUUAUUUAACGCCAUGGAUAUGGAAUAUGUGUUGGUUUUAUGACUGUUCAACCAGUGCCUGCAACAUGACCACCGAAAUGCAGUAGUUCACAUACAAGGCCUGCCAUGCUCAUAUCUGUGUAAUUUCAGAAAUUCUGUUUCAGAAAGAGAAAUUAUCUACCAGGGAAAGCAACUUACUGGGAACCAUUCUCCGCACAGGAAAUUUUUCAGUGCUAUUUUUUGCAGACUGACAGAGCAGGUCAACAAGCCACUGAGGUAAUGACCUAUGGGACAACCAGCAACACAGCGUAAGGGACCCAUACUCAGGAUAUUGUGCAUUUGAUAGAUUAAUGUCAAACAUUUAUUUUUAACAGCUUCAUUAAAAAUGUUACACUACCCUAUUAAGCGUCUGCCUAAACUCACAUUUCUAUUUGUUUCAUUUCCCAUUAACACUGUCUUCAUCCUAAACUGUUAUCACACUUCUGUAUCUACAACAGUGUUUGUCCUCUCCCUUUUUUACUUUUAUAAAAGAAACAAGAUCUGAAUUCUCAAGAAAUUUAAGUACUCCUGUGCUCUUUUUCACCUUUAGUAAAACACAUCAUAACGUACAUCUAUUUUUUAUAUAGUUUAAAAAUGGGCAAAUAUGAAGAUGGUAAAACAAAUUAAAGUUCACUACUCAUCGAAGUUUUGAUUAUGAUUACAUGCUACUCUCAUGUUCACACACAAAAAGGAAAUCCACAACUCAAUAAAUUAUGUUGUCAUUCUUCCAUUAAUGUCAUAAAAUGUUACUCUAGGCAGCAGGGUGUUCCAUUCUGUCUUUCACUUUCAAGUGAUGGAAGAGCAGUACAUUCACCACCUACUUGAGUAACUUCCGCCAAAAUAGAGUUCUCAUUGCAUAGUUUCAGUAAUAAUGAAAUGAAUGUAGAAUUAUAGGUUUCAUGUGUUCAAAAAAUUUAUUUGAAAAGUAAUAAAAAGUCGUCUGUGUAGAAAAAAGGUGCAACACAACAUUUAGUCAGUGAUUACAAGGUUCUGACAGAUUAGUUACCGUAAAAUUGUAUGAUACUGUUUAUUAAGAUCUGUUACAACUUAAUUAUAAAAUCAGAUUAACAUUAACAAAGAAGAAUAUGUUAUUUUAGGUAAUCACAUUUUACGGAAAUAUACUGCACCAAGGGAACAAUAACAUUAACUACUUUUCUUCGCAGAAUUCUGCCUUGUUUAUUAUUAUUUAAAGCAUUUUCACAAAUAAGAAAAAUGAAUAGCUAUAAGUAAGGUGAAAUUUAAACAGAAGCAUUCACAUAUCACAGUAAGUGAACUACUGUACUUCUUACACUGCUUUCCUUGGUGCAAAAGUCUCAUAAAUAAGCAAAAGUAAAUGCAACAUUUUUACAAA